AUGUCCCUCCAGGUCAAUGACCCACGGUCGCGCACCCGAUCCAAGUCUCCUGGCCGAGAGCGCUCACGAUCACGGUCGCGCGACAGUCGAGUCCCUUCUCCCUCACCCUCAGACCGUCCACGCGAGCGUGAGCGCGAUCGCGAUCGCGAUCGUGACCGCUCGCCCGCCAUCGAGGUUCGCGGACCCAAGUCCACCUCCACUUACGCCCCAGAAGACGACGCCGAGAUCGAGCGUCAAUACAAAUUGCUCAAGGAAGGCCGUCUCCGCAAUGAUGACUCGCGAGAUGUUGUCUCGCGGGCUCCUCGCAGCCCUGCCCCCUACGACGUGCGUCGUUCAGACGAUGAUGACAGUGACCGCAGACGCCGCGAGGGCACCUCGUCGCGUCGCCGUCACGACUCUUACCAAGAUCGCGACGAGCAUUCGGACAAGGAAGAUGAUCUCAAGCUGAUCCAGCCGCGCGAGUAUGACUCUCGUGACUCUCGCUCGCAGCGACGUUCCUCGCCGCCGCGUAGUCGACAUGAUGACCCGGACUCGGACUCGGAUGAUGGACUCGCCUAUGGUAACAAUCCUGGCUCGCACCCAAGCUAUGCCCGUCCCGGCCGGUACCAAUACGCGCAGCCAGGAACAAACUACCCGCCUUCUCAGCCUCAACAGAAACCUCAACCCUCCGACUGGGCUCCUGUUCCGGAGUGUGAGCGACCGGGCUUCGUCCCGCCAACUUCCCAGCCUCCUGUCUCGUCCGAAAUGCCAGGCGCUUUCCCGCCUGCGUCGAGUUAUGUUGAGAGUCCCGCGACGAGCGCACCGUCUUUCCCUAUGCCGCAAUAUGCGGGUAUCCCGUCGACGCAGCCGCUCCCGUAUGCCUCCGGCGGAGGGCACUCGCAGGCGGGGUAUGCCCAGCCAGGUCAAUUCCAGUAUGCGCAGAUUGACCCCAACGUGCGCUAUACUUCCAAGACUACGCCGACGAUGCCUUAUACUGCCUCGGCCAAGGAACAGUUUGGCAGACAGCCUGAGCAUUAUAAUAGAUUGCCGGACCAGCAUCGUAGACUGCCGGAUCAGUAUAGCGGCAAAGCACCAGAGCAGCCUGCCUGGCGAUAUAGCCAUGAUCCCCAGUUUGGCGACAAACCGCAGGCCCACGCGCCGUCGCAUUCGCACUCUCGCUCGCAGUCACAGUUGCAAUCGCAGCCGCCGUCACAAUUGUCGGCUCCCCUCCAGCAUCAGCAGCAGGUUGUGGAGAUCACCCCAGGUGGCGGACGCGGCCGUCCCCACAGUCUGUCUGUGUCGUCAGCUAACAAUCUAGCCGUCGCCGCACCUGGAGGCCAUAUCGGCCACCCACCUGCGAGUCCAUUGCUGGAACCGUACCAUGGCACCUAUCAAUCGAUGUCACCCAUGCCAUCGCCCAUCAUGAUGCCAAUCCGGGACGACGACAUCUCAGACCUGGAACCUCUAGAUGGCGGCAGCUCGCUCUCCGAAUCCGGAAAGCGCAAGAAGAAAUCCUCAUCUUCCCGCGAGAAAGAGAAGGAGAAAGAAAGAGAGAAAGACAGCCGACACCGCAGCAGCAAGGAAAAGAUGCGAGAGAAAGAACGUGACCGUGACUAUGACCACCAUCCGCUCACGACCGACACGACUCAACCUCCUCCUUCCGCGGCGGAGACAGCGACAGUCUCAGUCCUAAUCUCACCAACAACCGGCCGCAAGCGCGUCUCCUUCUACGACGCCUCAUCCGACGCCUCAGCAAUGCAAUCCGCACUCAACCACACCCGCAACAUCGACAACAAAUCCAUCCUCUCCAUCCUACCACGCCUAACAUCCGACGAAAUCCUCACCCUACGCGCAGAGUACAAGAACAAAGUAAAAAUGCACGGCAAAGGAAUCAAUCUCGCCAAACACCUCCGCCUAAAACUAGGCAACUCCUCCUUCGGAAAAGUAGCCUACGCCACCGCCCUAGGCCGCUGGGAAUCAGAAGCAUACUGGGCAAACUGCUACUACCAAGCCGGCACCUCUCGGCGCGAAUUACUCAUCGAAUCACUAAUCGGACGAUCGAAUUCCGCAAUCCGCGAAAUUAAAAACUGCUUCCGCGAUACUCGCUACGAUAAUAGUCUUGAGCGGUGUAUGCGGUCUGAGCUGCGGGCGGAUAAGUUCCGUGUUGCGGUUUUGCUGGCGCUUGAGGAGAGAAGGCAGGAGGAGCGUGAUCCGAUUGAUUCUAGACUUGUUAGGGAGGAUUUGACGGACCUUCAUCGUGCGUUGGUUAGUCGGGAUGGUGGGGAGACGGCUAUGAUUCAUAUCAUUGUGAGACGGAGUGAUGCGCACUUGCGUGAGGUGCUGCGUGCUUAUGAGAGUGUUUAUGGGCAUAAUUUUGCUAGGGCUAUGAUUGCCAAGUCGAAGAAUUUGGUGGGUGAAACACUAGCCCACAUUCUAAACGGCGCGAUAAACCGACCCAUGCGCGAUGCGCUACUCCUCCACCAAGCUCUCCGCGAAUCCAGGACGAAAGGCGAACGGUCUGAAUUGCUCAUUUCUCGACUCGUUCGCUUGCAUUGGGAGCCUAGACACCUUGAGCAGGUUAAGGCUGAGUAUCGGAGGAGAUAUAAUGAGCGUCUUGAGGAGGCUAUUGCUGAGGAGAUUAUGUCUUCUACGACUGGGGCUGAGUGGGGGGGAGUUUUGUAUUGA